AAUGGAUUUUCGGUCAUUUAUUCAGUCUAGCGGUCGUGCUCGAAGAGAAAAUAGUGCUUUCUAUAUACUUAUUGAAGAGAAAAAUUAUUUGGAUUUUAUGAUGGACUUAACUGGAUAUGCACAAGCAGAAGAGUUUGUUCUGCGACGUUAUCGUUCUGGCAAUGAUUUCACUUUGGAAGGAAAUGAUGAAACAAAAAUGAUACAACCACAUCUGGAUGAUGCUGUUGCUCCUUAUGUUGUUACAACUGAAAAAGGGACAGCUAAAGUCUCAUUAAGUAAUGCUAUACAAUUGGUGAACAGAUACUGUGCAAAAUUACCAUCUGAUAUUUUUACUCGAUUAGUGCCACGUUAUACAAUACAAACUUUAUCAGAAAAUGGGCAAACUUUGUAUAUUGCCGAAUUAUAUCUCCCAAUCAAUUCACCAAUAAAGGAACCGAUAAAAUCUAAACCGAUGAAUUCUAAAAGAUUAUCUUUAAUGGCAGUUGCUUUGGAGGCUUGCAAACGAUUACAUCAAAGAAAAGAAUUAAAUGACAAUCUUUUGCCUGCAGGAAAAGAUAUCUUGGAUGAUCUUUUAGGUGAAGUAGAUGAUGACGAGUAUCUACCUCAUUUACCUAGCAGAAUGGGAUCCUCAAAGAAAAAACGUCUCUACGAUAGAAAAAUGUCGAAAACUCUUAAUUCUACAUUACCUUCGCAAGACAGUCAAUGCAUUCUUUACGUUAUGGAAAUGAAACUGGUUAAGCCCGUUACUGAUGAAGGAAAUCCAAAGAGGAGAAAAAUUAUUGAUCCGUUCGAAUCAAAUUCGGCAUUUGGAUUUUUGUCUUCCAAGGAGCUCCCGAAGGUUCCGGGAUUUCCAGUUUUUCAACGGAAUGGUGAAAUGCUUGUGCAAAUUCGUAAAGUAAAAAAUCAACAAUUUCGUCCCACUUUCGAACUUUUACAACUCAUUUAUCUCUUUCAUCAACACAUUUUUGAAGAUAUUUUGCGUGUUGCUCGUGGUGGUGUUGUUUUUGCACCUGGUCAUUCUCCAAUACCACUUUUAAUCGUUCCUUUAAAAAAAUUAAGCACUGCCGAUUUGGACUAUGAAAUUGACAAAGAUUACCUAAAUUGGAAUAUCCGUGAAUCUCCAACUACACCUUCAGAUGAAAUUAGAAGACAAUUUUCUUUUGAAGAAUCAAACUACUUAAAUGCUGUUGUUUCGCCUUGGUAUCGUUCUGAAGAUCAGUCUGCUUUUUAUUACGUAGCUGAGAUAAUGACUGAUCAAUUUCCGUCUUCUUCAUUUCCUGAUGAAAAAUUUACUUGUUUCAAUCAAUACUUUAUGAGUAAAUAUCAAUUGGAGAUCUACAAUCAAAAACAAAAUUUACUUGAUGUUGACCAUACAUCUGCUAGAAUGAAUCUUUUAUUACCACGAGCAAUUACUGGAAAAUCAGCUACUCGUUCACUAGACCCAUCUCAACGUCAAAUUCUUGUUCCAGAAUUGGUACAUAUACAUCCUCUUUCUGCAACUCUUUGGUCAAUUAUUGUUACUCUCCCUACAAUUCUUUAUAGACUUAAUUCUUUACUGCUUGCUGAUGAAUUUCGUAGCAAAGUUCUUGAAGAUGCUUUGAAAGUUAAUUCACAAACACCCGACGAUUUUGAAUGGAGUCCUCUUCAAUAUGUCACUUUAAAUGAUGAUCUGACACAAAAAAGUAUAAAAAAUUUAGAUCAGUUGAGAAAAAUGAACAAACAAGAGAAGGAAAAUGAAGUACCAAUGGAGCUUGAUAUUAUUGAUGAGAAUGUGAAUGAGACAGCAGCUACUGGAAUGAAUGAUUUCGAAAUCGGUGUUUGGGACCCCUCAGAUGGCACACAAAUGUCUAACAAUGAUAAUACUUUGAAUGAACCUUCCCCAGUAAUUCACAAUGCGCCUGUAAAUGGAUUAAUCCCUGGGCGGAGGAAUGGUCUUCGAGGAGUUAUAGCUGCUAGAGACGAGGAGCUCUCUGAAAUCAUUGCUGUCGGGAAUGAUACAACACUUCAUAAUUAUGGAGAUAUUUCUGAUGAUGAUGAUGUUGCAGCUGAAUAUGAUAAAUUUAAAUUUUUGAUGGACAAUAAAAUGACUACAAGUGAUAUUGGUGAUCUAGGUGAAAUGGAUGUUCGACCUGCUGGGUGGAAUGACGAUAGCAAUGCCAAUACAAUAUCGACAAAUAAUCCUCAUAUUAAUAUUGCAAGUUUAAUGAAUGAUUUGGAGAAAAAUUAUGCUGCUUUUGGAACUUCAAGCCAUAUUUCCAAUAAUAAUAAAACGAAUACCUCGAUCAUUCCGAGUGCUACAGCUGUUGACAAAACGGUCUUGCAAAGAAAGGAGCUUAAUCUAGAUUCGUUGAAUAACAUUGACCCUAAUGAUCAGUCAGUAAAAAGGCAAAAUGAAGAUAUUUUACCUGAGGAAGUUUUUUGGGGAAUGGAUGAAGCUGAGAUAGGAGAGAAUAUUAGCAGUGAAGAAACGAAUAAAAUCAUCCCAACAAAAAGUGCCGAUUCUAUUAGCCCUACACGUGAUUUGAGAGAUCUUGAAAAACAAAACUUUAAAAUAAUGGCACCUGAACUUAAAUGGAUGCCUUUUUCUUUUAUGUGGAACUUACUUGAUCAGAAUCCCCAUGGUGUUUCACCGGCUCUACUGCUUCAAGCAUUGACAACUUCAAGUGCUGCGGAUGGAAUAAAUUUGGAAAGGUUAGAAACAAUUGGAGAUUCCUUUCUCAAAAUGGCUGUCACCAACUAUUUCUACUAUAAACACACUGAACAACAUGAAGGAAAGUUGAGCUAUGCACGUUCUAAAGAAGUUUCGAAUUCCCAUCUUUUUUAUCUUGGACGGCAACGAGGCAUCCCUCUCCUAAUAGAAACGCUGAAAUUUGAUCCACAUGUUAACUGGCUUCCUCCUUGUUAUGCUUCUACUUCAGAAUUUCAUGCUGUGAAUCCUUUUGAUUAUACAGAUUUAGAUGAAGAUCAAUGUCAAGUGCCAAUGGAGGGUGUUGGUACUACUGAAACUGUAGAUCAACAGCAAAAGAUUAAUAAAGAAACAAUAGCAACUGGAUGGGGUACUCUUGACGAUGAUAAACAGAAUUACAAACGUGAAAAUGGAGUAGAAACUUUAACUUUUCCACAACCAACAAAAUCAGAAAUUCCGGACUUACCUCCAAUGCCAUACAAUAUGCUUACUCAACAAUGGAUAAGUGACAAAUCAAUUGCUGAUGCGGUAGAGGCAUUAAUUGGAGCACAUUUAAUUCAACUUGGACAAUCAGCUACUCUCAAAUUUAUGAAUUGGUUGGGAAUUAAGGUUUUAACUGAUAUUUCUUCAUUGCCCUCACCACUUUUACGUUUCAUUGACACACCUGAAGAUCCUAAUCUUUCACUUAAACAUCUUGCCCUUCUUUAUGAGAAAUUUGAUUUUGCCACUGUUGAGAACAACAUUGGUUAUAAAUUUGCAAAUAAGGCAUAUUUAGUCCAAGCAUUUACUCACGCUUCAUAUUACAACAAUCGAGUAACCGGUUGUUACCAACGUUUGGAAUUCCUUGGCGAUGCUGUUUUGGAUUAUAUGAUAACUCGUUUUCUUUAUGAACACAAGAAGCAAUAUAGUCCGGGUCUCCGCUCUUGUCAAUAAUACAAUUUUUGCUUCGCUCGCAGUUAA